CUUAAACCCUUGUGCCACUAUCUUAGAGCGAUCGGAGAUGAGUUAUGCCCGUCUGAUUUCCGGCGGAGGAUGGCUUUUCCGGCGGCUUUGCACGGUGGCUGAGCGUCCGGAAAAAGAGUUGAGCCUUUAUCGGAGGUUAUCGGCGCUGUAUAUGACCGGAGGAAGCGUGAGGGAAACGUUGAACCAGUACAUAAUGGAGGCCAAAGCUAUCAGAAAAUCAGAGCUCGACAGUUGCGUCAAGCAGCUCCGAAAGUAUCACAAAUUCCAGCACGCACUCGAGAUAAUGGAAUGGAUGGAGAUGAGGAAAGUUAACUUUUCCUAUAGUGAUUAUGCAGUGCAUUUAGAUCUUUUGUCCAAAACCAAAGGGUUGGCUGCAGCUGAGAAUUAUUUAAGUGGUCUUCCUCCUCGUGCCAAAAACAACUACACCUAUGGUUCUCUUUUGCACUGCUAUUGCAUGAAAGGAAUGACAGACAAGGCAUUGGAUCAUUUUCUCAAGAUGGAUGAAUUAGGUUAUGUCAAUGGUGUAACUUUCGGUAAUCUGAUGAGUAUGUAUAUGAGACUGGGUCAACCCCAGAAAGUGCCUCAGCUAGUGCGUGAUUUGAAACAGAGGGACAUUCCCAUGGUUGCAUUCGUAUACCAUAUCUGGAUGAAUAGCUGUGCCUCUUUGAAUGAUCUUGAUGGGGUGGAGAGAGUCUAUGAGGAGAUGCAAAGAGAAGAUGGAGAGAAAAUUGAUUGGCUGACUUAUAGCAACCUUGCUGCUAUCUAUGUAAAGGUUAAAGACUUUGAGAAAACUGAGAUGAUGCUCAAGAUGCUGGAGAAAGAGGUGAAACCACUGCAACGCGAAGCUUACCAUUGCUUGCUAACCCUUUAUGCAGGGACUGGUAAUCCUGGAGAGGUUCACAGAAUAUGGAAUUCUCUCAAAUCUGUCUCCCCUGUGACCAAUAUCAGCUAUCUUACUAUGCUCCAUACCCUCCGAAGGCUUAAUGAUGUGGAGGGCAUAACAAAAUGCUUUAGGGAGUGGGAGUCUGGUUGUGUUAGUUAUGAUCUAAGGUUGGUUUCUGUUUGUAUUUCUGCUUACUUGAAUCAUAACAUGGUUGGGGAAGCUGCAUCGGUCUUUGAGGAGGCUAUCAGGAGGAGGAGGAAAGGACCUUUACAUCAGAUCUUUAAGAUUCGGGAAUUAUUUAUGAUGUAUUUCUUGGAGAAACGUCAGCUGGAUAGUGCUGUGAGCCAUUUAGAGGCAGCAUUUUCGGAAGUCGAAGGUGAUGAUUGGCAUCCUUCACCACAAGUUGUUAGUGCUUUUGUCAAGUAUUAUGAAGUAGAGAAGAAUGUUGAGUGUGUUGAGGAGUUGCGCAAGAUUCUCAAGGCUAGCAAUUUUGAUGAUUCCCGGAUUCAAGCUUGCAUUACUGCAUUCAAAUCAUCUCCUGAAAUUCAUCCAAGAUUGAAGGAAGAUUCUCAAGUUUACCAUGCGCCGGAUAUCUGGACAUCAUGGAAAAACAAGUUUUUAUAGAGGAUGUGUGAUAGGGCCCAAGGAUUUAAUGGGCCUGAUGAAGCUCAAAUCCAACAAGGCAGCAGCAAAUCACAUUGGGGAAAAGUCUAUGCGAGGCGCAAAGCUCGCAAAGAUUAGGAUUACAAUUUGUUAGAGAAAAUAAAGAGAGUUGUUACUUUGUUUAGCUAUUUUUAUGCAUUUUGUUAUUCGAAUUUACUUUUAAAUAAGCUUAGGAAGCAGGAGGAGAGAUUUGGUGGUUUUUCUUUGUUAAGUGUAUUAGGAGCUUGGCUCUGGAGUAGAGAGGAUUACUCAUCCUCUGUACUGUGAUGUUCUUCUUUUUUUUUAUCUUCAAUAAAAUAUAACUUCUC